CUGAGAGGCCCCUCAUUUUGAGUAACUUUUUAGGGCUGCCCUCAGGCCACCCCUCCCAAGCUCUGCCCCAGACCCCAGGAAACAGUGGCUGCUCUAUGAGGGGGGGUGACCCCAGCACCUUCCCCUCAGGCAGCCCCUGGACACAGCACCCUUUGUUCUGGCCCCUCCCCCCCACGCUGCGUGCCUGAGCCCCUGGAUUAGGCUGAUCCGGGAAGCCGGGAGCCCUCGUGGAAUGUGGCUGGCAGGGGCAGACAAGAAUUGGGGGCAGUGCCCCCCAGCACCAGAUUAGGAUCCCCUGGGCUUUGUCCUCUGCCUGAGGCCCCCAGCGUUAAGAGGGGUCCCCUCAGCCUUCCCUGGCCAGGGCAGGGAACCCCCUGCAGAGGCUGGCCCAGUGCUCAUGGCCCAUCCAGCCCUUCCCCUUCUCAGGCAAAAGCCUCUUAGCAGGAUGGGGAGGAGGUGAGCAGGCAGCAGUGGAUCUCGGGCUGCUAGUGCAGGGGAGACUGAGCCCUAGCGGGGUCGUGCCACAGGAGCCUGCGAGGCCGUUCCUCUCUACAGGCCUUGGGCGAUGAGGCUGAUGCCCAGAGCGAGACAGGCCCGGUGAGUGCAGGGUGGCCGCUGCGGGGACCUGGGGCCAGGGCAAGAGGGCACGGUCCCAGGUUCCCCUGGGGAGGGGGCACAGCCUUGCCCAAGGCCAGUAAGGAUACCCCAGGAGUGGAGGGUGCAGGGUAAUGAGGCCUGGUGCGCCCUCCUGGUCUGUAACCAGGAGGCGGGUGCUGCAGAGAACCCCUGGGCGGCACCCCAGGAGUGAGAGGCGGGGGAGCCAGUGUUGGUGGGUGGAGGGCUUGGGGGCUGCUGGGGGUCCAACCCCCUUCUGCAAGGCUUCUAGCUAGCCAAGGUGAGAUCAGUCACCCAUCUUACAGGUGGGGAAACUGAGGUUCAGCAAGGGGAGGGGCCUGGGGUGAUCCACACCUCAGCUCCCUUCGCUUCUGAGACAGAGCUAAUGUUCCGUGUGACCUGGGUCCCCCUUAAUGUUCCAAUGACAACCGUCACUCCCAUCGUCAAGAAAAAGUAGGAACACAGAGUAAGGCCAGUAGGAAAAUAACGCAGAACCCACUCUGCAGCUGGCACCUGUCCCACGGGGCAUUUGUUCUGAUUGUCCAGAGACCCUCACACCUACUCGCUGAGGACACUGGCUGUCCCCCAGCACACCUCUGCGCACAUACUGGCUGCCUGGCUCUCACACCACAUCCCUUCUGCCGUCACUAGGUCCUGACGGGAAGAAGCCCUCCCAGGGGAGCCUUCCUGAAGCCGAGUCUCAGGUGGGACACCCGGUGCCCUGCGGCACGCUCCACAGCCCCUGGUGGGGAGAAAGGGUCGGGCUGAGCCUCGGCACUUUCCCCUCCUGGCUCGCUGCAGAGAGGGAUCUCCGGGUAACUCAGGGCCUCGGUUUCCCCUCGGUUUCCCCAGGUCUCCAUCCCGCUUCUCUGGGCUCCACAGACCCUGCCACUUCCUCUCGUCCCCGUCUUCCCCAGCAGAGGCCGUGGCGAUGGGAGCUGGCGGCCCCCGGCGGGGUGUGGGCCCCCCAGACGGCGGCUGGGGCUGGAUGGUGCUGGCCGCCUGCUUCGUGAUCACCGGCUUCGCCUAUGGCUUCCCCAAGGCCGUGAGCGUCUUCUUCCGCUCGCUCAUGCGCGACUUCGGCGCCGGCUACAGCGACACGGCCUGGGUCUCCUCCAUCAUGCUGGCCAUGCUCUACGGCACGGGGCCCGUGUCCAGCGUCCUCGUGACGCGCUUCGGCUGUCGCCCGGUGAUGCUGGCGGGCGGGCUGCUGGCCGCGGCGGGCAUGAUCCUGGCCUCCUUCGCCAGGCGCCUGCUGGAGCUGUACCUGACUGCCGGGGUGCUCACAGGCCUGGGCCUGGCCCUCAACUUCCAGCCGUCGCUCAUCAUGCUGGGGCUGUACUUCGAGCGGCGGCGGCCUCUGGCCAACGGGCUGGCGGCGGCGGGCAGCCCCGUGUUCCUGUCCGCGCUGUCGCCGCUCGGCCAGGUGCUGCUCGAGCGCUUCGGCUGGCGCGGCGGCUUCCUGCUCUUCGGCGGCCUCCUGCUGCACUGCUGCGCCUGCGGAGCCGUCAUGCGGCCGCCGCCCCCCACCCGCGCCAGGCGCCCCCUCGCGGCCGGGCUCGCCGGCGCCUCCUGGACGUGGCCGUGUGCACCGACCGGGCCUUCGUCGUGUACGUGGUCACCAAGUUCCUCAUGGCCCUGGGGCUCUUCGUACCCGCCAUCCUGCUGGUGAACUACGCCAAGGACGCGGGCGUGCCCGACACCGACGCCGCCUUCCUGCUGUCCAUCGUGGGCUUCGUCGACAUAGUGGCGCGGCCGGCGUGCGGGGCCCUGGCGGGCCUGCCGCGCCUGCGACCGCACGUGCCCUACCUCUUCAGCCUGGCCCUGCUGGCCAACGGGCUCACGGACCUGUGCAGCGCACGCGCGCGCUCCUAUGGCGCCCUGGUCGCCUUCUGCGUGGCGUUCGGCCUCUCCUACGGCAUGGUGGGCGCGCUGCAGUUCGAGGUGCUCAUGGCAGCGGUGGGCGCGCCCCGCUUCCCCAGUGCGCUGGGCUUGGUGCUGCUCGUGGAGGCUGUGGCCGUGCUCAUCGGACCGCCCUCUGCCGGCCGCCUGGUGGACGCGCUGAAGAACUAUGAGAUCAUCUUCUACCUGGCUGGCUCAGAGGUGGCCCUGUCCGGGGUCUUCAUGGCUGCCGCCACCUACUGCUGUCUGCGCAAGCAACCUCGCUCUCCGGGGGCCACAGCUGGCGCAGCCACUGAGGGUGCCGCCAGUGACACAGAGGACACUGAGGCUGAGGGGGACUCUGAGCCACUGCCCGCUGGCACCGAAGAACCAGGCGGUCUGCAGGCCCUGGAGAUGCGGAGCCCCCGGGCUGGGUCUGUGGGAGCCGAGGUGGAGGCAGAAGCAGGCCCAGGCCAGGAGUCUGUGUAGCGCAUUGGGCGAGGCAGGCGGGGGGCUCCGGAACGCGGGUUCCUCUUCCCAAAGGCCUUGUCACAGCGGGAAGGAGGGCCCGGGGGUCGUCCCCUGGGGCAACCCCAGGCUGCAGUUAUUCCCUGGGCGUCUGGCAAAUAUCCUUCCCAUCUACCAGGCCCUGUCCCCUUGCUGGUCAAAUAGCUGUGGACCGACAGGAAAUCAAGACCAUAAAACUCAACUGAAAGACGA